AAAUUACUUUUGUUCAUACAAACAAAAAGUGACAUUGAAUUUUGAUUUGAUGACACUGAGAGAGAGGGAGAGGGAGAGGGAGAGGAUAAGCCGUUGUACUAUUUUGUUAUCCUUCUUCUUCAUCAUCUUCGUUGCUUGCGCUAGCUUAUCUUCCUCUUUGCAAUUUUCCAGCCAUUAUUAAGGAGGUUGUGGCGGACUCUCAUUCCAAUUAGAUUCAAAGAAGCGGAGGAGCAAAAAAUCUCAGGUUUUGUAAUGGCCGUGCAGUGUUAUGGAGCUUUCAUGGAGAAAUUCCUCCUCCAACCGAGCUCCCCCUCCGAUCAACUUCCCUUGACUGGCCUCACUUUCGCUGUUAAAGACAUAUUUGAUAUGGAUGGCCAUGUAACUGGUUUUGGAAAUCCUGAAUGGCUAAGGACUCACCCACCUGCCAAUCAUACUGCCCCAACUGUGUCCACCAUUCUAAGAGGAGGAGCCACAUGCAUUGGCAGGACUAUUAUGGAUGAAAUGGCCUACAGUAUAAAUGGGGAAAACUUUCAUUAUGGCACACCCCAAAACCCAUGUGCAUCAGAUCGGGUACCUGGAGGAUCUUCCAGUGGCUCUGCUGUUGCUGUUGGUGCAAAUCUUGUGGAUUUCUCCUUAGGAACUGAUACUGGAGGUAGUGUAAGAGUACCUGCAUCCUACUGUGGAAUACUUGGAUUUCGGCCUUCACAUGGUGCCGUCUCUACCUCUGGAGUAGUACCCAUGGCACAGAGCAUGGAUACAGUAGGAUGGUUUGCCAGGGAUCCUGUUGUAUUAAAAAAAGUAGGUUGGCUGCUGCUGCAACAGCCAGAGGUUGAACAUCAAAAGCCUAGACAGGUGCUUAUAGCAGAAGAUUGUUUCAAGCUCUCAAGCAUUCCUAGUGAACGAUUGACACAAGCUUUUGUUAAUUCAGUAAAGAAGUUAUUUGGUGGCCAUCCUAUAAAAGAAGUAAGCCUUGGAAAUUAUGUUGAAGAAAAAGUUCCAAGUUUGAAGCAUUUUAUGAUUGAAGGAAAUGCAGGCAAUGAGCAUAGCAUACCGUCCUUGGCAGCCCUUGCAAGAUCGCUGCAAUUGCUUCAAAGGUAUGAAUUCAAAAUCAAUCACGAAGAAUGGGUUAGAACAUACAAUCCUCACUUGGGCCCAGGAAUAUCAGAACGAGUAUCAGAAGCCAUGAGGGCAACAGAUGAGAACAUUGAUCUGUGUCAUUCCAUUAGAAUUGAAUUACGGAAAGCUCUUGCUGCACUUCUUGAAGAUUUUGGGGUCCUUGCAAUUCCUACAGUCCCCGGUCCCCCUCCUAAACUAAACACAGACGUCUCAGAGCUGCAGGACUUUCGUGCAAAGGCUUUCAGCUUGCUCUCCAUUGCUGGGGUCUCUGGAUUCUGCCAGGUUAGCAUACCUCUAGGGUUGUACAAUGGUCUUCCUGUAUCAAUAUCUUUGGUAGCAAAUCAUGGUUCAGAUGGGUUUUUGCUCAAUGUUGUUCAUAGUCUUUACAACACAUUAGAAGAAGAAGUUAAGGCAAGCUUCUAAGAAAGACAAAAGGAAGCUAAAGGAAUCUCCAUUGAUAAUUCAAAAUUGCUAUUCUAUUUAUCCAGAUUGGAAGAAUGAGAAUCCUACAUAUUGACAAGUUUUUCUUUUUGUAGCAAUGAAUAAAUUUAAGUUCAUUGGAUGAUGAGAUAUUUGUAUUCCAUCGUCCCAUGUAUUCUUUGUUUAGCUGUUGAUAAUGAAUCUUUAGAACAAUAUCUCGUUUUGGUAUCCGAAUUUCGAGCAUCUCAUACUAAUGAAUCGCACCAUCAUGAAGGAGUCUUCUUGAGAA